AUGAAACUCCAGUGGCCAAUCUGUGGACCGAAAUUAUCUUUAUGUUGCUCCAUCAUAUCCGUUUGGGGUAUUAUUCAAUUUCUUCUCAUGGGCGUUUUCUUUUACAUGGAAGCAGCACCUUUAUUAGAUGAUUUCGAAUUCGAUCACAAUACGACCAACACGAAAGUCUUCAAAGAUAAUCUUUCCAGUGCGUAUAGUCAACGUGCACAUAACUGCUGGAUUGCCGCAUUUCUCUAUGUCGGAUUAUUGGUAAUUGCUGGUUCACAAUUCAUAACGAAUCAAAAACAACUAGUCGAAACCGGUCAUCCGACGUCGAUGGCUACGAGAUUUUCCGGUCUUGCUGCGGAUGAGAAUGGUUUCAAUCGACAGUAUCAAAUGCAGUACAAUUCCGAACAGACUGAAUAG